ACCGUGCGACCCGUUAAAAAAAACGCGUCCUUGACCCAACGACCCGAAGCCUUGCGUGCGUCUAAAACUAGCGCCCGCAGCGUACGCCGGAUCGCGGCGGCGUCAGGCGCGCAUCGAGUAAUUUAUCAGGGCGGCCGCGCGGAGCAGAUCUCGCCGGGGCCGGGGCCAGCCAUGGGUGCUGCCGGCGCGAUCCGGCGGGCGGCGGCGGCGGCAGCCGACCGGGCGUGCGCGGGGGCGCGGGGCUUCCGCCGCGCGCUGGCCCGGUUCGCGCCGCGGCCCUCGGCGUUCGCGCCCGCCGCCGACGCAGAGGCCGCCGCGGUGCGCGCCGUGCGCAACCUCCGCACCUUCCGGUUCCACUACGCCGUCCUGCAGUGGGCGCUCCUGCUCGCGUCCCUCGCGCCGCGGCACCGGGCGUCCGUGGUCUUCCUCAUGGCGGCCUCCAAGGGCCUCCUCGUCUAUGGGGGUCUCCUCAAGGCGUUCCCCAACUCGGCGCUGCUCCGGAGGCUCCUCGACCGCCGCCUCGUCGCCGCGGUGUUCCUCGCGCUCGUGCUCGCCGACAUCGUCGCCGCUGGCGCCGUCGCCAACCUCCUCGCCGCGCUCGCCGCGGGGGUCCCGAUCGUCGUCCUCCACGCGUCCUUCCGCGUCCGCGACGACCUCGAGGGACCCUCGCCUGAGGCCGCGGGGGAGAACGGCAAGGACGACGAGACGGCGGCGGUCGUCGAGAAGAAGGAGGACGGCGACGUCGAGGCGGGGCCCACGCGGCGGUCCAUGGCCGCGGCACCAAGACCACCCAAAUGAGGAAUUACUAGCAACUAGUAAAAAUCAUACAUUUCGUAGAUUAAUUACGGGGUCUCGUUGUCUUGGAAUAUAGGAACAAUUCGUGGUCAAAACCUGUCUUACCGGCCUGCUUCUUGAUUCAAUCCAUACUGUGAGGAGGAGCCUAGGAAUUUUUGGGGGAAAUUCAAUUAUUAGAAUGUAGUGGUAACUGUGACAGUGAAUGUUGAGGUUUAAGAUGACUCAUUGUGAAGUCUCUUAUUCAUAUUCCUUGAGUACUGACAAGUCUUUGAUCUUGCAAGAAAUGGCUUACACUUGAUCUUC